AUGGCCGAGGAAAAUUACACGCGUGGAGAGGAUGAAUUUGAGGAUGAGGAGAUCGAUGAGACUGUGAGUAUAGAGCCUCCCGGGUUAUCGUUAUCAAGUGUUGACUGUUGCCUUCAGAGCUUCAAAUCAGUGAGGGAUGCUGUGCUAUUUGCCAUAGAUAUCAGCAGCUCUAUGCUGAAACCUCGUCCGGCACCAGAUCCAAGGAAACACAGUGAUGAGUCGCCUGCAUCGGCUGCAUUGAAGUGUGCAUACCAUCUGGUGCAACAGCGCAUCAUCUCAAACCCUCAUGACAUGAUUGGUGUCAUGCUCUAUGGAACAGAAUCAUCCAAGUUCUACGAUGAAGACGAGAGUGGAGAUCUUUCAUAUCCUCACUGUUACCUGUACACGGAUCUUGAUGUCCCGUCUGCCCAGGAGGUCAAGCGCCUGCGGUGCCUGGCGGACCCAGUGGCAGAUGACGAGGAUGCAAGGCACAUAUUGAAGCCAUCUCAAGAGCCAGUAUCCAUGGCCAAUGUGCUGUUCUGUGCAAAUCAGAUCUUUACCUCCAAAGCCCCAAACUUCCUAUCCCGUCGACUGUUCAUUGUAACUGACAACGACGAUCCUCACUCAGAAAACAAGGCCCUGCGUUCUGCAGCGACAGUCCGGGCAAGAGACCUGUACGACCUUGGUGUAAACAUUGAAUUGUUCCCGAUCUCAGAGCCAGAUCGUGAAUUUGAUGCUGCUAAAUUCUACGAGGAUAUUAUCUACAAAACCUCACCCGGUGAUGGAGAUGCACCGGUCUAUCUGCAGCCAGACACCAACACCGCGACGGCUAAAGGCGAUGGCCUAUCCUUGCUCAACUCCCUGCUGUCUAGCAUAAACUCAAGAUCAGUGCCCCGUCGUUCCCUCUUCUCGAACGUGCCCCUCGAGAUAGGGCCUGGUCUGAAAAUCUCCGUCAACGGGUAUCUGCUUUUGAAAAAGCAAGAGCCCGCUCGCAGCUGCUAUGUCUGGCAAGGCGGCGAGGUCCCUCAGAUCGCCAAAGGUGUCACGACACAAAUGGCCGAUGACACUGCACAAGAAGUGGAAAAAGAUGACAUCCGAAAGGCUUACAAAUUCGGCGGGGAGCAGAUUACCUUCACGACCGAAGAAACACAGGCUUUGCGAAACUUCGGCGAUCCAGUGAUUCGAAUCAUUGGCUUUAAACCACUUUCGGCCCUUCCUAUCUGGGCUAACGUCAAACAUCCCUCCUUCAUAUAUCCUUCUGAGGAAGACUAUGUCGGUUCAACACGUGUCUUCUCUGCUCUACAUUCGAAACUCCUCGACUCUAAAAAAAUUGGUUUGGUUUGGUUCAUCCCUCGCAAAAAUUCCACCCCAGUCUUGGGGGCAAUGAUCGCCGGAGAAGAAAAGGUUGAUGAGAAUGGCGUGCAAAAAGUUCCACCUGGGAUGUGGAUUGUUCCAAUCCCAUUUGCGGACGAUGUACGCGAGAAUCCCAAAACUUCAUACAACCCAGCACCGGAGGAAUUGAUAACCGCAAUGCGAGAAGUGAUACAGCAACUUGGGCUGCCGAAAGGUGUUUAUGAUCCAUCCAAAUAUCCAAAUCCUGCGUUGCAGUGGCAUUAUCGGAUUCUGCAAGCCAUCGCUUUGCAGGAAGAGCUCCCCGACGCACCAGAGGAUAAAACGAAGCCGAAAUACCGACAAAUUCACAAGCGUGCUGGCGAUUAUGUCCAUGAAUGGGCUGAGAAAGUCAACGCCCACAUCCCAAAUAUGCCUCAACAAGCGACCAAGUCCACCUUGGUGAAGCGAGGUGCGAAGUCCGAGGGGGCUGAUGACCCACCUUCGAAGCGACCAAAGAUCGAACCUGGUGCCGGGGUGGAGGAAGAAGUGAAGCGUAGCUUCGCGAAGGGCGCCCUGUCCAAGCUCACUGUGGCCGUGCUCAAGGAGUUUCUGCAUUCUCAUGGCUGGGCCAAUGCGGGAAAGAAAGCCGAUCUCGUGGAACGAGUCGAGCAAUACUUUGAGGAAAAGCGGUAG